GAUAAAGUACUCAUGAGGAGAUUGGCAUGGUGCAAGAUAGUCUUGGCCACAUCUUUGGUAUGGGUCCUACUGGAUGUCUUUUUAUUGCUGUACUUCAGUGAAUGCAACAAAUGUGAUGAUAAAAGAGACCGUUCUUUAUUACCAGCCUUGAGAGCUGUCAUAUCCCGAGCACAAGAAGGCCCAGGGGAAAUGGGAAAGGCAGUCCUUAUUCCUAAGGAAGAUCAAGAGAAAAUGAGGGACUUGUUCAAAAUCAACCAGUUUAAUCUCAUGGCCAGUGACAUGAUUGCAUUCAAUAGAACUCUACCAGAUGUGAGAUUGGAAGGAUGCAAGACAAAAGUCUACCAAGACAACCUUCCAGACACGAGUGUGGUCAUUGUUUUUCACAAUGAAGCCUGGAGCACACUGCUUCGCACAAUUCACAGUGUUAUCAUUCGUUCACCCAAAAGGUUACUUACAGAGAUUAUCCUAGUGGAUGAUGACAGUGAAAGAGAUUUUCUGAAGAAACCUUUAGAAAAUUAUGUGAAGAAUUUACAAGUUCCAGUGAAGAUAAUUAGGAUGGAGAAGCGAUCUGGGUUGAUUCGCGCCAGGCUCCGUGGGGCAGCUGCUUCAAAGGGCCAAGUCAUUACUUUUCUCGAUGCGCACUGUGAAUGCACUGUUGGCUGGCUUGAGCCCCUACUGGCAAGAAUAAAAGAAAGCAGAAAUGCUGUGGUUUGCCCAAUUAUAGAUGUAAUUAGUGAUGAUACGUUUGAAUACAUGGCUGGGUCGGAUAUGACAUAUGGUGGCUUUAACUGGAAAUUGAACUUCCGCUGGUAUCCUGUCCCUCAGAGAGAAAUGGACCGCAGAAAAGGGGACAGAACCAUAUCUGUUAGGACACCUACCAUGGCCGGGGGCUUGUUUUCCAUAGAUAGGGAUUAUUUUGAAGAAAUUGGAACAUAUGACGCAGGGAUGGACAUUUGGGGUGGAGAAAACCUGGAAAUGUCUUUUCGGAUAUGGCAGUGUGGUGGUUCUUUGGAAAUUAUUACUUGUUCUCAUGUUGGUCAUGUGUUCCGCAAGGCAACUCCAUACACUUUCCCUGGUGGUACCGGACAUAUUAUUAACAAGAACAAUAGACGCCUAGCAGAAGUGUGGAUGGAUGACUUCAAAGACUUCUUCUACAUUAUAUCACCAGGUGUUGUUAAAGUGGAUUAUGGAGAUGUGUCAGCUAGAAAAGGCCUGAGAGAAAGACUGAAGUGCAAAUCUUUUUCAUGGUACUUGGAAAAUAUUUAUCCUGACUCCCAAAUCCCAAGGCGUUACUACUUACUUGGUGAGAUUAGAAAUGUUGCUACAAACCAGUGCCUUGAUAAUAUGGGGCGGAAGGAAAACGAAAAAGUGGGCAUCUUCAAUUGCCAUGGCAUGGGAGGAAAUCAGGUAUUCUCCUACACAGCAGAAAAAGAGAUCAGGACAGAUGAUCUAUGUCUGGAUGUGUCUAGGCUAAAUGGUCCAAUUGUCAUGUUGAAGUGUCAUCACAUGAGAGGGAACCAACUGUGGGAAUAUGAUGUACAGAAGCACAUAUUUGUUCAUGUAGAUAGCCAAUUAUGUCUAUCAACUAGGAAGAUGGACAUUGGGAAGUAUGUUCCUGCUUUGGAGAGCUGCGCUGACAGCCCUUCGCACAUAUGGAUCCUAAGAAACUACACUCGCCAAGAAGUUUUCAGGAAUAUUUUUUACAGCCCAACUGAUUAUUUUCUUUAA